CCGAAAAGUGAACGUUUCACGAGUCAACAGCAACGUCUUUCGAGAAGAUAGAGGCGCUGUUUGCGACAUUUUUCUUUCUUUUAUCCGUCAUCCAAUGUUUAAUGUGAUGAAAUAACACGUUAAUUAGCGAGUAUUUUCGAUAUUAGUGUUCAUAGUCGUAAUAGAGUAACCGCUAGAUUACGAUAUAAUCUAAUAUGGGCGACGAAAGCCAUCCGAAAACUCUCUACGUCGGUAAUUUAGACGCGAGUGUGACAGAAGAAUUCCUAUGCGCGUUGUUCGGUCAAAUAGGCGAAGUUAAAGGCUGUAAAAUAAUUCGUGAGCCAGGCAACGAUCCCUAUGCGUUCCUGGAGUUUACGAAUCAUACGGCGGCGGCCACGGCGCUGGCCGCCAUGAACAAGCGAGUGUUCCUCGACAAGGAAAUGAAGGUUAACUGGGCUACGAGCCCUGGCAACCAGCCGAAGACGGACACGAGCAACCACCAUCACAUAUUCGUGGGUGACCUGUCGCCGGAGAUCGAGACUCACAUAUUGCGCGAUGCCUUUGCGCCUUUCGGUGAAAUUUCAAACUGUCGAAUAGUCCGUGACCCCCAAACGCUCAAAUCUAAAGGAUACGCUUUCGUCUCGUUCGUGAAGAAAGCUGACGCCGAAGCGGCGAUCCAGGCUAUGAACGGCCAGUGGCUGGGCUCUCGCUCCAUACGGACUAACUGGUCCACACGUAAGCCUCCCACUAAAGGGCCCAACGAGGGCGCGCCGAGUAGCAAGAGGGUCAAACAGCCCACAUUCGACGAGGUGUACAACCAGAGCUCACCGACCAACACAACCGUGUACUGUGGCGGUUUCACUAGCAAUAUAAUUACUGAAGAUUUAAUGCAAAGCACAUUUUCACAAUUUGGUCAGAUACAAGAUGUGAGAGUAUUCAGGGACAAGGGAUAUGCUUUCAUUAGGUUCACAACGAAAGAGGCGGCUGCCCAUGCUAUAGAGGCAACACAUAAUACAGAAAUAAGUGGACACACAGUUAAAUGUUUCUGGGGGAAAGAAAAUGGGGGCUCAGAAAACCAGAGUACGAAUAACCCCCCAGCACCCCCUACAUCAAUGGGAGGAGGUCAAUCACAGUACCCAUAUGGGUACCAACAAGGAAUGGGCUAUUGGUAUGCUCAGGGCUACCCCGCGCUACAAGGUUACAUGGCGCCAGGCUACUACCAGCAGUACGCCGCCGCCUACAGCACGCCGCAAGCAGCAGCAGCUGCGGGCUACCGCAUGAGCAUGCCGGGCGGCGGCGGCGCGGCGGGCGGCUCGUGGAGCGGCGGGCCGCAGCCGCUCAUGUACGCGUCGGCGAUGCCCUCGGCGCAGUACCCCUCCCAGUAGCGACCACACCACUUGCACGGAGCCUCGCCUGCCACCGGACCGCCACGAGCGCACGCCGCCGUCGCAACACAGGCGUCCUGAGAGUUGCAUACGCGGAAACCCGCGCACUUAACAUUUGACAAAGGAGUUCGAACUUUUUUGUUUGGAUGCUGGCAUAGUUGACCCAUAGUCGCCGCAGUGCUUCUGCGUUCUCAGAAACUGCAUUAGCGUAAAUAACAUGUGACAAUGGGGUUCGAACUUUUUUGUUUGGAUACUGGCAUAAUUGACCAAAAUUUGCCGCAGUGCUCCUGCGUUCUCAGAAACUGCAUAUGCGUAAGUAUCAUUUGACAAAGGAGUUCGAACUUUUUUGUGUUAUAGCUGGCAUAAUUGAACCAAAGUCGCCGCAGUGCUUCUGCGUCCUCAGAAACUCCAUAUGCAGAAAUAAGCGCACUUAACAUUCGACAAAGGAGUUCGAACAUUUUUUGCGUGAAAGCUGGCAUAGUUGACCACAAGUCGCCGCAGUCCCCCUGCAUCCUGCAUAUGCGGAAAUCCGCGCACAUAACAUUUGACAAAGGAGUUCGAACUUUUUUGUAUGGAAGCCGGCAUAUUUGUUGGAUUGAUUUUUUUUUUUCGAAAAUGCGGCACACGUAGAACGUUGUAUGUGUGGGUAGAGGACACAAUAAAAUAUCGAGUAACAUGGUAGCCCAAUGUGUCAUGUUACUGAGAUAUUUAAAGGUAAAGAUCUACAUGAGUAUAUUUUCUAGAUAUCUAGAUAGAUAGAUUCCAUGUUACAUGACUUUUUUAUAGGUGUUCUCUAUCUAUAAAUAACAUAUUCAUAGUGUACCGUGAGUUGGAAAAAAAAAACAAAAUGGCGGUGGUUCGAUAAUUCCAGAUAGGUUGACGGUUCCAUGCCCUUUUGAUUUGUCCAGAGAGCGGAGUUGACAUUUGAAUUUAAUCGUAAACAGUGAAUAACUGAUUUGUUUUUCUUUUCACCGUAAAAAAAUACGAAACCAAUAAUAACAUUACCCAGAUUCGACGAAAAACCAUCUACGUACAUUUCAUCCAGAAAAUGAAGCAUCCACAAAUGGAAGCCUUAGCCAUGGCAGGCAUCAAUGACGAAAGAAAUAUAUUUUCGACCAAAAGCAUAAAUAUAGCUUUUACUAUCAUCGUUAUAGCUAUAUGUAAGACAAACGUAGACAAUGAUCUCUAGCACAUUGAUCUGCAGAUAAAUUGAAUGUGCAACUACUGUGGACUCGGACUUUUCCUGAGGAAUCGAUAGAUGGAUACAUGGAUGAUAUUUUCGGCUUGGGCAAUUGUCGCUUGGUAUCGUAGGUUAUUCAGAGAUAAGCAAAAUGAAUCUAUUAUUAACUGUUUUGUUUCAAUGCUCACUCAGGACGCACUCUGACGCGGUUGACUCUAUCAACGUGGGUGCAACACUAGUUCACAAAUCAGCAAACGUGACAUUGGUAGCUUUUUGUAUGUUUGUGUGUACAUUUCUCUUACAUAGCAUGUCUAUAUAAGCGUAAUUAUAAUGCAACACCAAUGUCACGUUUGCUGACUUAAAACUUACACAAACAGAGCAAUAAUACCCCUAAGAAAUUUUUUACAAGGCGUCUAUGAUUAAAUAUGCGUUCUGCCUUUGUAUCAAAUGUGCGCGAUUCGUAUGUUUAAGACAACCAAUAGGAUCGUUUGAAAAUGCAGCCCUCCUAUUGGUUGAUUUUAUUAAUGUCAACAGGUUAAUGCAACUCCAAUAUCACGUUUUCCGAUUUCAAACUUAUACAAACAGAUCAGUAACACGAGACUCGCUAAGUUAUUUUUUACAAGGCAUCUCUGUAGUUAUAUUUACGUUCUGCCUUUGCUUCAGGUGUGCAAAUAAUCUGCGAAUGAUACGUUUAAAACAACCAAUGGUGUCACUUCGUUUGAAAAUACAGCCCUUCCUAUUGGUCGGUUUUAUUCAUAUCGCACCUCUGUUUGGCAAAGGCAAAGAGACGUUUGGAUAAGAUUGCCUACACACGUCGCCAAUAUCAUGUAAAGAUUUUAUAAAUACAUUACGCGUUGCAAAAUUUGUCUGUCACAUACAGAAAAGUUUGGAGGCGUAUUUGUAUUUUUUUUUAAAUAUCUAAACAUUUCGCCUUACAUUAUGUCAAAUACUGAAUGAUUGUACACUAGCCAUGUUCAUAUUACAGUUUUUAUAAAGUCAUAUUUAUGUUACUGUAUUGAACCAUUUGAAUAAGAUUCAACGAUUUUCUUUUUUUUUUAAAUUGUUUGGACUAAGACAUCUCAUCUUAUGAAGUAUGAAAGUUAGUCUUGCUAGACUGGUGGCUUUGAUGGGUCUUCUAAACAUCACGAUCCUGAGCAACUGAUGGGGCCUAUAUACCUGGUCCAAACUCCAUAAUUGUGUACCUCAGUUAAUAAUGGUAAGAGCAUGGGUUGACUAACUCUGAGCCUUUAUGAGGCUUUUGUACUGUUUUUUUUUUAAAUUAAUAAUUGCAUGCCCCCUAAGGUUACGUCAAAUGAGAGGGAUAAGUUUUUUGUUUGUGACCAAACAUUUGUUUCUAGUCGCUAUUGAUUACGUACACCCCUAAAUAACAUUGUUGAUGUUACUUAUUCAUUUGGUUCAACUGUAACAACUGUAUUGAAAUAUCUGGUUUUCAUGUGGUUUAUAUGGUGUAUUUUUACGGUGCUCAAAUCUGUUAAUGUCAAUGUUAUUAAUAAACAAAUAUAAAUUCUCAUGAUUGUGAUCUAGUUAUAUUCACUAAUAAAAUCAACCUGAAGUGACCUUUUAAAAUUGUGCAUAAUAUUUAGACCGGUUUAUAUUAUAAACGACUCAUUGUAUGCUAGAAAUAUUUCAAUACAGUUCUUUUUUUUUUUUUGUUAUUUAUUGAACUCGUAUUACGUUUCUUAUCCAAAUGUUUGUUUUUAAACCAAUUGACGAAUAUUUCGGUGUGACAAAAUGUUGUUUGACUGUAAAGCACAAAGGGUGUUUGUUGAUUUAAUUGUAAAACAGCCUUAUAAGGAAAAUGCCUUUAGACAAUUAUUAUGGUACAAGAUCUUAACUAAAAACAGCGAAUAAUAUGUUUGUUUAUGAACUGAAAUGUUAUAGUGAAUGUUAGAGAUAAGAUGUAUAAUGACCGAAUACGUCCAGUACAGUAGCUAAUCAGCGCCGGAUUAGCCAUAGGGCGGUAGGUGGCAUUUGCUACAGGCCCCGCGUUCAGAUGGGGGGCCCGCGCCUGAGAAAAAAAUAUGAAGGUCAAUUUUGUUGGGCAAUAUGGAAAGAGCUUCUUAUGAGGAUCAUUUUAAAAUGACUAGCUUUUGAGUUAUUCAAGGAUAUAUACUCGUACUGUUCAAGCUUGAUUCAAACUUGAAUAUCCGAAAGUAAUAAACUUAAAAUUUUGCAUUUUGUUACAAUUUACAGAAGCUUCUUUGUAGAUUUCAGGAAAAUUUUUAACCUUCAAAUUUUUAAAUAUGAAGGUCACUUUUGGGGGGCAAAGACAAGUUAGUUGUUUUUUUUUCAACCUAAAAGGGCCCCCUGUUUAAUUUUACUACAGGCCCCGCGCUAGCUUAAUGCGGCACUGUAGCAUCCGGCACAACUGACUCGUCGGGCUCGCCAAACGUUUACGUGCAGUUGGUACACAUGGACUCGUGCUACGGCUGACUCGCGUCGCCGUCUAUAGUCUACAUAGAUAGGACAUAACGAAAUAAAUUAUAAAUUGAAAAAAAAAAAAGUUAUAACGAUAUAGGGGGGAGUAGUGUCGCGAAUGGCCUCGUGUACAUACGUUGAUAUUUAUUGGCGCCCCGCGCUAGCCGACUGACCUGUCCCGAACACUCCUCGCGACUCGCCGGCAUCACUUAUAUAUUUAUAAUUAUUAAGUUCGGCACAUUGUUUUGUUUGACCUUGAAUUGUUAUGAUUUAUUGUAUGGACACUCUGGAGUCAAUAAAAGUGGAAAUUGGGACACCGGGUGUUUGAUUUGCCGUCGAUUUAAAAAAUUAAAAAUAUAUAUUAUUAUUAUUAUUAAUUAAUAUUAAUUAUACUGUAUCGUGUUUAUUUCUGGGUCCAAUAAUGGAGGUCGGCAGUUCUUCUGUGAUUGUUCACUGCGUACACAACUCGGUUAUUGAUGGAAAAUUAUUGUAUAAAAAAAAAGAAACAUUCGUAACGUCAUUUUGUAAAAGGAAAGAAUAAAUAGUUUAAGUUUAUUAAUA